AGAGACUACAGCAACAACCAAACAUGCGAAUCCUAUCCUUUUUAUCCAAACAGUUGUCUAGGGGUCCAUUCUCCAGCAAAAAAGGUCCAAGUUCAAGAUUGCUUUCUGCCCAGCGUCCAUGCUUCGCGAAGGCAGACUCACCAGACCAGGAGGCUACUGCUCCAGACAUAUCCAUCAUGGACGCAAGAGAGUUGGCUCAUGUAUCACAAGACUCUGUACCAUCUGUGGCGCAAGCAGCUGUUCAUCUGCUUUUAAUGGAUACCAUAUGGACAUGGAAACAUAAUAUAACUACUGGCGAGACUGCUAACAAGUUGCUUAGUUUACCCACAGUCGAUGGGUUGACUUCGCAAUGGGACGACGAAAAAAGGUCUCUUCAAUUAUUAGCCGGAGUAAUGGAGGCUGCUGUUCCAAGGUUCUAUGCGUGGUGGAUUACUGUGGACCACAGGCUGACAAAAGAAAUCCCUAAAAAUGGGUUCCUUGAAUUGCCUGCAGAUCUUCUACCACCAUUAGAUGUUAUGAUAAUAUGGCAUGCAUAUAUGUUGCAACCAGGUCUCUAUGCGGACGAUUGCUCUCGGUUGCAAGUGCCUGAUAUGCGCCGUAUACUGUUCCCCUGGCAGGCUAUAUACAAUGCAAUUGAUAUCAUGACGCUGGAAUAUAAAAUACCAUCAGUUGCGGAGGACUUUUUUGAAUUAAUCACCGGACAGUCAGUAGAUCUAGUAGAGGAGCUUGUUACGACGGCAAAUCUUUGGGUCUACCGCAUUCGAUGUCCCUAUUGCCAGAUCACCAAGAAGAUGCCAAUCUUGAAUAAUGUCCAAACGGAUGACAUUCAUCAAGGCUUUGAGCUGGAAUGUGAUUGCGGAUAUAUACCAUCAGUGGAUGCGCUUCGUCAAGACCUCCUUCAUUUACAACAAACGGGAAAUAUGUGUGUGCGGGGAGCCUAUUCAAGUUCAUCCUUAGGACACGCUCUUCGUCUGUUGGUUAGUAGAAUCCCAGAACCAUCUCUGCAGCCCUUCGCCAAACGAGAAGACCUCAUUCGUGCUAUUCAAGCUGCGAGUUCAGAGACUAGUGACUCAACAUGGGCGGUUGAGAGGCUCCUUUCAUUAUAUAUACCCACAUCCCCUGUGACUGAGGCUACUUCUGCUCACUACUCAUCGGUCCUACGCGCGAUGUGCUUCGUCGAUAAAAUGCACCAAUAUUGCUGGUUGCGCUCGCCCGCUCUCUGCUAUCGUGCUAAUAGCAACAGUAUCUCAGUAUCCAUUGGCACUUUGCCCCGAGCACAGCAAAAAUAUCAGAACUUUUUGCAAGUAGCUCGGCAGCCGGAAAAUAUUCCAAUAACGCCAACUUCAGAUGUGGGUUUAUUCUGGCAUACUCAUCAGCUAUCCCCUGGUCCCUACAGGCAAUUCUGCAUUCGACAGUUGGGUCGAUUUAUGGACUAUGACGAUAAAGUAGCUCAUGAGGUUCUCGAUAAGAACUUUGCUGCUACACAAGACAGUUAUUCGCGCGAGCUCAGCGGGGAGUACGAUACAUGUCUUUGUUGGGCAUGUGAGCUCGAACGGAAUGAUCAUGAGCUUGCCAUUGAUGAUCCUGGCAUUUCAUCAGGUUCGGAUGAUCUCCAUGAGUGGGCUCGCCGAGUUGCUGUUGUUUUCUGGAAAGAGGUCGAGGAUCAGCGGCAACGAGGACAGCCUGGCCUGGCACGAGAAAGCCUGAGGGAAGUACUUGCUAGGACGCGCCAGGAGAGGAUUGUAUCGCGGUUUGGAUAG